UUCAUUGCUGCCUUUACUCAUGUCGCUAACACUUGAAAUGCUGUUAAGUUAGCUGAAAACAUCCGUUACGUAAGGAGAGGGUACGUAUCGACGCAAGGAUAGUAUCUUUGGCUAUGAACUCGCUCUCGAACUUUUAACCAUCGCUAAACCGUUUUAUCCUCUUCAGCAAUGGGUAGCCGAGUCAUUUUACCGACAGUCUCAUCAAGGUCUGCCCGUCAUCUUGCCAGAUCUUAUCAUGGGUCGACACAGGACAGUUUUAGCUCUGGUUUCGAUGACUUUACCGAACCACUUCUUCGCAGAACCAGUUUUGAAGGUUCGGUCCACUAUCAAUCGAUUUAUGAUUCUUCUGAGUUCAACGGUGGCCAGAGAAAUCGCAUCGAAGUCAUGAGAAAACGACUCAAAUCGCAUUUCAUGAAUCCGUACCAAAAGUACAAGCAUCGUGGAAGAAAACCUUGGAAGCUUUUAUUACAACUGCUCAAAUUAAUCAUGGUUACUGUCCAGGUAAACUCAUUAUUAUUGUUUGGAUACGUUAUUAAUUCAUAUUCCUCUGCUUGACUAAAUGUAACGUGGAAGUAAUUAUUUUCUUAGUUCACUCAUGAUCUAGUUGAUUCCGUUCAACGUUAAACCUUAUAUUUACAGCUACGAAGUCUGUAGUAACUUUUCAAUUUUUAAUUCAAGCCAUGCUUGAUACAUAACUGAAUUCUUUAACGUCCACAUAUUUGUAUAACGGUGAACGUUUUGAACCAAGAAAUGACAAUUGCUGUGUAUUCAGAUUGUCCGGGUGAGAGAAAUCCUGUAAGUCGCAGUUAAAGUUGUACCAGCGAUCCGGUAUCAAUCCUGUCUACGACUACCCUAAGACUCCGACGAUCGGACCAUACUCGUUACAUUGCAUUUCUCUCUGUAGUGUUACAAGACUCGCUAACUGAGCUAGGCCAUAUCGUAAUUUCCAGUGUACGAGGGAAAAAAAUAAUUCUUUUUCUGAGAAGUCUUUUGUGGAAAUUGAACAAUGGGAUUGAAAUGUAUUGGUGAUGUGAUGUCAUGAUCACUUUCAGUUUCAGUUGUUUUUCUGUGUUGUGGUUCCUGAUCAUGAUCUUGUAGUGAACCAGAAUUCCUAUUCUAGUUUACACAUUGUUUGCUUGUUUGCUUUUUUGAUAUCAUUGUUCAUGCAUGGGAGGAUGAAAGAGCUUUUUGUUGUGAGUGGGAGAGAAAAGAGGAGGAGAAGGGAAAACUUGUUGAGUUUUUAGCUAAGAAAGGUUAUUUGAGGCAUAUUCCAAAAAAAAAUUGUUCAAAUUACAUAUUUCACCACUGCUAGUGUAUGUUGUAUAUAAUUCUUCUUAGGUCUGUUACAAUUUCAGUUUCAAAGUGCUAAGUCAGACCCCAAAAUUAGCUUGUCAUGUGAUAGAAGCAUGCUUUCUCAUGUUAAAAAAAAAGAUCCAGAAUAUCUUUUUAGGUAUUAGUAAAAUACCCGGUGAGUCAUAAUGACUACUGAAGCUGACUAUGCACUUAAGUCCCUUUUGAAACUUGGUCUCUUCUCAUUUAGCAGGGCUCGAAGUUAACUUUUUGGUCGACUAGCAAAGUUUUGCUGGUAAGAUUUUUUUCCACUAGCAAACUGGUGAGACCACUAGCAAAUUAUUUCCUUUUGAAAUGUCAAUGACCAUAUCUGAUAUAAAGAUUAGAAUUGAUAUUUCGCACAGGCUAGUAAUGAGCUGAAAAGUUUUAUAAAAAAGGUGGUAAAUGUUUGGUCUCCUUUGUCGUUGUCCUGACAACCACCACCUCUCUACUGCAUGUUUGGGAGACGUGGAUGAUUCUAACUAACAAACGUUUGCUAGUGGAAACUUUUCUCACUCGCAGAUUAACAAAAUCACUCGCAUUUUGCCAGUUUGCGAGCUUUAAUUUCGAGCCCUGAUUUAGUAUCAAUAUUUUUAAGGCUGGUCACUCUUAGUGGUAAAAGGGGGAACCUUUUAACCACUAAGAGUGACCAGCAUCUAAUUACUCCAACAGUAUCACUCUCAAAUCACACAUUUAGGUCUAGAGAAUAUGGAAAUCAUCAAAAACUAAAGAAGCACUAGAUUCUUAAACAAAUUUUCCUUGUCAGUACCUUAGGAAAUGUGUAGAAAACAGAAUGGAGAAUGACUGCAUACUGAUGUUAAGGGUUGACAUUUGAUAGGCUGAAUUAUGCUCACAUUUUGAUUGGUUUUUACUUCAAAGAUCUCUGAGUACAGACACAUGGUUGACAUCAAUAUUAACCCUUUAACUCCCAGAUCAAAUUUGAAAUUCUCCUUACUGUCAACCAUACAAUUCAUAUAAUGUUACUUCAGAGAAUUCAUUAUUGCAUCUACUAAUUAUCCCCAAAUUGAUAUUUUUCUCCAUUCCCAUCACUUACCUGUUUGAUAUUGUAUUGAUAUUGUAAGGAGAAAUUCUGUCUUGGUCACUCAUGGGAGUUAAAUGAUUAACCAGUUUUUGCUUCUGUAUAAUGUAAAUCAGAUAAAUUCCAUGUUGCUGUCUUUGGAUGGUAACAGAUCACAGAUGAUGUCAGAAUGUGAUAACAACAUUAGUGACACACUCAGCUGCUUUUCCUUUUUGCCAUGUUUCCUCCACUUUUUUUUUUUCAAGAUUACACAUUUUUGUUUGAAAUUAUCUGUGAAGAACAUAUUUUGAAUGCAUUGCAUGCCAGGCAUCAAGUUUUGUAAUUGAUUGGAAGGAUCAAUAUGUAAAAAGGUGAAAUUAUCACAGCAAGACUACCCAACAGGUUUUUGGCAUCAUAAGGAUUGAGGAAUUUGAUUUAAUUUGUAAUAUUAUCUUUAUUUUGUUUUGGCAGGUGUGCCUCUACGCCUCAGAGCUUUUCUCUGUUGUUAACUUUUUGAAAGGUAGUGAGGAAGCAUUUAAUUAUCUGUUCCUUCUGAACCCCAAUCAGUCAGACUACUCAAUUUACACAAAGGACCAGUUUUACUCUCAAGUCCGUCACACUGUUAGACAGGUUAGUCUGGAAUUUUUUUCUGGAACACUGUGUGAGAUAUACAAUGACUUAGCUUGUGAUCAGGGUUUUGAGCUGUGGUGAGACCUCCCAAUUUUAACCCUGUUUGUGUCAGUAUGUUGUUUAGUUGGUUAAGUAGUCCUCUUAGUACAUGUAUGCACAUACAUGUGGGCCAUUUAUUCUUGUGAGUUGCCUGUUGGUCAGAUUGUGUUAUUACUGCCAAUUGCAGUAAACAUUUGUGGUUGACUCGGGUUGGAAAGUCAUCAGGUGGCUUGCAUCAUCCUCUUUUCAAAUGUAUCCAAUGUUUUUAAUUCUUUGAUUCUUAGAAGUGAUUAACAUGUAAAUUCUAUGUAUAAUAUCCAUACAUUAUCCAAAAAGCAGGUAAUGAGAAUGCCCAAUUUUAUCUUGAAAGUAGAGGGUGUUAUCUUGAUCUGAUACCAAAUUCUUGUAACUAAUUUACAAGGAAAUGUGUAGUGGUUAGAGGGGAGAAUUUGUAGUCAGAUCUGGAAAUUAAAGGAUUAAGUGUUUGGUCUAACACUCUUAGUCUGUCUUUCAGUAUUAUCAAAUCCAAGACAUAGCUGUUGGAACAUUUGGGUAUCUGAAAAAAGAUGGCAAGAUUAAUCCACCAAUGUUGUGCACGCAUCGAUACAUCAAUAGUUCUGUGGACCCAGAAAAAGAGUCUUAUUACUUUACACGAAAGACAAGCUAUUGUAUCCUUACCAUAUAAUGACUUGAUGUCAAAUGUCAAAUUAUUAAUUCUGUUUAAUUCAAUUAAAUCAGGGCUGGAAAAUCUUUUUGUGUGUGUGUGUAGAAAUCCUUCAAACUAACAGAUACACUGUAGGUCUUACCAUCUCAAAGACCAUGUUAACCUACAAGUCUCUUUAUCUGAUCAUUAUGGUUACUAGUAAUCCUUGCUAUUGUCAGUGGCACAUCCCUGCAAGAUUAUCAGUCAUGAGAAUUUGGUAUUUUAUUGAUUUAAUGCCCUUGUCUGAUGUUUUCUUGUAACCUGUUUCCUGCUGGUUAUGGUUUGAAAUUGCAAGUAGAAGGUACAUGUUAAUCCCAUCUCAGGGUUGGGAAAGUUAUGGGGGAAUUAAAACACCUAUUUUACUGGUUGGCUGGGCACGCUACAUUUCUCUAUCUGCUUUUCUGCCUUAUGAGAAACGAGUAGGAAAAAAAAAAAACAGUUGUAGAAUUAGUAACUCAUUAGACAUUUUGGUGUGUAGUAUUGCUUAGUAUUUUUACUUGUUGUUCAUGUUUGACUCUACCUCUAGGCUUUUCAGAAUAUGGCACAACUUGCAAAAAUACUCAGCGAUACCACUACACACCAAAACAUCAAAAAAAAAAAAAAAUAUAUAUAUAUAUAUAUAUAUAUAUAUAUAUACAUCUUUUGCUUCACCAUUAAUUAUAGAGUAGAGAAAUUUGGUAUCAGGAGAACAGUGUUAAGCAACUGAAGAAUACCCUUCAUUCAUUUUCCACAAUUCUCUGUUUUUCAUCUUUCUUUUGAAAGUUCAGCUCCCUUUAACUCUUUAUAUAUUUAUAAUUAUAUAGUAUUUAUUUUGUGAUAUUGUUUCUAGAAGAAAUUAGAAUUUGGUGUGUGAGUUAAUAUGGUUCAAAGUAAAAUAUUUUGCUUCUUUUCUAUUUAUUUGAAUUAGUGCUUUUGUUAUGAUCUGUAGGAGGAAAAGACCUUAUCAUCGCAUCUAAUGAAAUUUCCUUUACACAUGAAUAUACAGCUUGCCAUCCUUUGUUAAAAACAAAUGCAUCUGAUCAAAACAUCACAUACUUCUUGAAACAAAACAAGCUUCCUGAGUCAUUUGAAGGGUAAUUUAACAACCGAAAUCAUUUGAAAAACUUGUAACAUUGUUUUAUAUUUUGUGGCUGAAAUGUUAGCUUGGCUUGGUAAAUACGUUUCAAACUGACUGUUUAUUCUUCUCCUGUGUUUUAGCUGGUGAUAUUUAGUCUUUGUUUGAAACAAAAGAAUAUUAUUUAAACUGUUUGGAAGAAGAAGAAGAAGAAAAAACUUUGAUUUAAGCUGAGGAAACAUUUGAACUGCAUGUGUUUGUUUUAAGUCUUACCUAAGGUACAUUGUAUGUAUUGGAUAUAAAGUACUGGUAGCAACCACAGGAACCCUGUUUGGCUUGGUUAUUCAUUUGGAUUAGGACAAGGAAUAAUUUUAUAGCAGUGAUAGUGCUGUAUGCAAAUCACAUAACAUGUAAACUUUAAACUAAAAAUAGUUGAGUAAAAUUUAUACAGACCUACAAAUGGCUGCCAAACCUGAGUUUGCCCAAUUGGCAUACUUGCUGAAAAUUUAGUGAUAAAAAUAUUUUAUGAUACUUGUAAUGGCGUAGACCUGUUGCAGCUUGGUAUUUGGAUAGCAUGCAUGUUGCGGUAAAGAUUAGACAUAUAUAUGUACUGCUGUGGUGACUCUUAUAAAGCAUUCCUAGAAAUGUUUGCUUAUUUUUAUGUUUUUCCUUUUUCAGCAUUAUUAGCAUCUCUCUGUAUGUUGGAUUGCGUUCUCUUCAUGUGCAAGAGCCUCCUAGAAAACCAGUAUGCUACAAGUUCAAUGUUACUGUAAGUGCAAAUUGCAAGCCAGUUUCUGUAAACUUGGUCGUCAGUAUUUGUUCCUUAUUUGUUGAAGGUCAAGAGUGUAAAUUUGAUUGGCUCAUGGGAAGACAAAUUGACAGAGAACAGAAAGUCAAAUAAGAUAAUUUGGUUUGAUCAACUGAGUUGAUAGAGUCAAUUGGCCACUACAAAGAGUUUCUAUAGCUGAUGUUUGCCCUUUACGUUUGCUCCGAUGAAGGGCAAACACUCGAAAUGUCACCUCAUAAACUCUUUACGGUACCCAAUUUACAUUAUCAACUCAGUUGAUCAAACCAAAUCAUCUCAUUUUAAACCCAAACAAGUUUGAAAUCAUUUUAUGACCCAAGCUUGGGACAAGGUAAAAGACCUGAACCUCAAACAAAGAAAUGAACCUAAGGCCAGAUUGUUUGAAGCUGGGCUAAGAAAACCCAGGAUUAGUGUGAAAUUAGAUUUCAAAUCUAAUAGCUUUAAAAGAAAAUUCAUCAUGAAUAAUAAAAUUAUUUUGUCUAAAAUUUAAUAAUUAGGUGCUCUAAAAAGAAAAGAGGAAAUUAUCCCAACAAGGCAUUUGGAAAAAGGAGUAAGGAAACCUGGAUAAAAGUUUAUCCUUGGGUUAUGGCUAAUUGGUCUUCAAGCAAACAGGCCCAGAACUUUAGAAAUAUUAUAAGAAUUUCUUCUUUAAAUUUGCAGAUACUAUUUGAUAAUAGUAACCACGAUGGAAAGGUGCCUGUCACUUUGAUUUCUGAAGGAAGCAUUACAAAUGCCUGCGCUAAUAGUAACUCAACUUAUCAAGGAGUUGAAGGUACUAGAAACACUAACUUUGUUCUCUUUAUACAAACUGCAGACGCAUAGAUGUAUGCUGUAAAAAUAUGCCUACCAGGUGUCAUGCCUGCGGGCAGAUCAAAAACUUCAAUUAUAUAGGCAGGGAUAUAGCUAAAGUUUUUAACAGGCGGGAAUCUUGCAAUGAUGGGUGGGUAUUUGGGCCGAAGGCCCACUCUAGCGUGCCUUUGGCACGCUAUACCUAGAUUUGAAGGUGUAAACAAAUGAAAUAAAUAAAUAACAAUCUUCUGACAACAUUUAAAAACAUUUUGGAGAAAGAAGUAGUACUUCACAGCCGGAAAAAUCGCCUUCACAACCGAGUAAUUUUCCCGGCUAUUAUCUACAUCCCUGAUAGGGAAAAGAGAAUUUGUUUGACAAUAAGGAGCUUUUCUCUCAUGACCUCUACGUUUGAUCAAGGCUCAUACUGUAAGGAGAAGUUAGAGGCCAAUCACUCUCAGGGGUGAAAGAGGUUUUAAAAAGUUAAAACUAGCUCCUUUGUAUUGCCUCUUACACCUAAGAAUUUUGGUUUAUACGCAUUUAUAUUUAUAUAUAUUGUUUUUGCUUUGAUCGUUGUUUAGAUUAUCAAACAUCCAAAACACUGCGCAUAUUUGUGGACAUUUUGCUAAUAAUCUGGUGCAUUCUCUCAGUAACCCUGUGCUUACGUUCAAUCUUCCGCCACUUGCAGCUUGUAAAGGUAAAACAUUAAAUUGGUUGAAACCACUGUCUGAGUUUAAGAAUUUAACCCCCUUGGUGGCCUCUUGGGAAUGCUUGUGUUGUUCAAAGCGUAAUAUGACCCUUACGGUCAGAUGACGCCAUCAUGUGGAAUGCACACUAGGCGCAGCAGAGAGUGUCACUGAUUUUCCUAUCACAUAUUGACGUCUGUCAUCUAUUACUAAACAGACGCACGGUAUGAUAUGAAAGCAAGUUCUUGUUGAAGGUGACGUUAUAUUUGCGUUUGUGUAUAGAUAGAUCAUGACUUAGAACCAAUUAAAAAUGCCUGAGCUGAUGAGGGUAAAGCCCGAAUCAAUUUUCACGCACAGAAAUCGAGAGUAACUAAGACUACGGUAAUUGUUUCUCCUCUUGUAUGGGAUUCUAUAGUACGCCAUUGUGACAGGUUUUCUCCCGAGAAGAUCGCUUUUUUUUUUUUUUCCCAAAAAGAGAUUUGAAAGAGCUUCCAAGCAUCUUGAGCCCUCUUCCGAUCGGCAUACUAGCCGUUGGAAGAAUCUCGUACGUCAAUGAAGCAUGCCAUUUUAAAUAACCACAAAUAAGUUUCCAACCCAAAUCUGUUUUCUCGUUAAACUUAUUUGCGUUGCAAAUUUUGAUGAUAUUAAAUGAUGUAUUUCAGGUUAACCGGAGAUUUUUCUCUCGAGAACUUAGACCGUUGAACCCUUUUCCGAUCGGCACACUAGCCGUGGGAGGGUCUUGUACGUUAAUGGAGCAUGCUAUCAUAAAUAAUCAAAAACAAGUUUCCAACCCAGAUCUUUUCUCUCUUUAAACCUAUUUGCGUUACAAAUUUGAAUGAUAUUUUGUUCUAUUUCAGGCAACCCGAAGAUUUUUCUCUCGUGAACUUGGAGACCACCUGUCUUGGUAUGACUGUUUAGACCUUAUGAACUUGUGGUUUGUGUUGAUUGCCAUCAGUGACACCUGCGCUAUCUUUGGAUCCGUGAUGAAAUUUCUGAUCGACUUAAACGUAAGGAGUUUUCUUUUGUAACAAUCAGAUAGACUUAUCACCUUUUGUAAAGUUAACCUAGACCUCGCUCUCACAGGCUUAUCUCUAUGUUAGGGAAAGUUUUGUUCUGUCGGUGGCACACUUCUUUCCGAGAGAUUUUCAAAGGUGAUAUGAUAUUGGAAUUUUAGCCAGUCACUGGGAAGAGGGGGUAUUGGCCACGGACUAGCUUCCCUUCUUGGGAUAGUAGCAGGUCUCCUGUUCGUCAUGGUAUGGGAAUUAAGCCGCAAGACUCACUUCAUUCAACUUUCGUGCGAGAAUUAGAAAGCCUUAAUCAUUCUAGGAUCAAAAAGGAGCCAGUUAUAUUUCAGAAGAGUUUUCAAAUACAACUUCCCUUAGCGACGGAGGGGGGGGGGGGGAGAUGUAGCUCACUACUUCCCCCGCCUCCUUGCAUCUCUACAAACUAGUAAUAUUUCCAAUUCAUGUAGUGACAACAAAGUUAGGUGGAGAUUAAUUACUAAUUUAAUAAAUAUGUUGCCCCUUUUUUCCGCUUUCCCUCAACGAGUACCAUUUUUUCAGAGCAACUGAAUGUUCUGGAUAUGUGAGUAUCAUUUAUUGCGAAGUGGUAAAAGAGAUAAGUGGAGAUUCAGUUCUGAUUUUUGUGUUGCUAACGAGGGUUCUAACCCGUGUAUCUGUAUUGUAGGUUACGCAAGAAGUUUACGAUCUUUGCAGCAUAUUCCUCGGGGUGGCGGUUUUGCUGACCUGGUGUGGAUUGUUGAGAUACCUCGGUCAUUUGAAGAAGUACAAUGUAAGUUAAAUCAAGAUAUCCGAUCUGCAAAGAUUAGUGAUAAGGAAAAAAUUGGGUUCUUUCGAGGAUUGGAUGAUACAUGUUUGACUUUUCAUGAGAAACGGGAAAGUCUUGGCAGGACAGAACUAAGAUCCGCAUAUUGCUAGCCCGUAUUUGAAAUCCAUGACAAGCUCUGAUUUUAUUUAAUUUCAGCAAUUAUUCACCGAAGUGGAAGUGUUUAAUAGCGGUUAUUUACCGUGCAAUUUUCGUACGUUUGGAACAGCUGCCACUUUCUUCGAAAAUAAUAAUUUCUUAUUUGGCAGUCGUACCGAAACGGGAAGCCUCUGAGUUUUUCUGCAGUUGCUCGAGUAUUUAGGUGAAUAUUACUCCGCAAAUCCCCUCUGAGCCAGGCAAUCAGCGCGAAAAAGAUCCUAACGUUUAUAGAACUUUUCAACAGCAUUAUCGUUACGAUCAUUCCCUUGGUAGAACAUUGAGUAAUUAAACAAAUAAUCAAUCCCGUCUGAGUUAAAAACCAUAUUUUCUUGCAGAUUCUUUUGGUUACUUUAAAAGCAGCUGCACCCAGCGUGCUGCGUUUUUCAGUGUGUGGUUCAUUGUUGUAUUUUGGUUAUCUUUUCUGUGGUUGGAUCGUUCUUGGACCUUAUCAUGAGAAGGUAUGCAGCGAAUUAUUUUCCGUAAGCGUUACGCAGUUGUUAGACUUGUCGUCACGCAAUGCUCUAUACAUUUUGUGGUCGAAAUAACUGCAGUGAACAAAUUUGAGCGGCAGACUCCAUGUCAUGACGGUAGUUGUCGUUUGGGUUCGUCACACAACUUGCUCUAUCUUGUUACGUGACGAGCCAAGCGAAGGGUUCGAGUGGGAGUUUCCCGAGUUGCGUGACGUAUUUACGAUGGUUGUAAGGAAACACGUCCUUAAAGAAUUGUCGCACAUUCUUUACUUUGCUUUCUGGUUCAUUAGCAUCGAACAUCAGUAAGGAAGGCACGAUGUCCCCGGCUACGCGAUCAAUACGAGUUAGAUGAUAUGGCUUAAGUAGAAAAUAUACGGAUGAUAUUAAAUACAUCAAAAAACGAAUACUCUAUCUGAACUGCGCAAGGAUACAAAUUUUUGGUAGCGAAAAGGAGCCCGAAGUCAACUCGCGUCUUGGAAAGACACGAACUGCAUUUACACAUUACUUUUUGCUAGGGUAGGAAAAUUUCUAAAAUUCGCAAAAUUUAAGAACACAACAAGGAACCUAGAGAAUGAAGAAGAUUAACACACCAUUUUCAGUGGCGAGUGUGCCAAUUUUAUGUUAAAUAUUAGGGAUCCUAGAAAUACAAAAUUUUCAUGCUCUGUCAUGUUUCACCGUCUCUUCACUUUCCUCAGUUCCGUGACUUGUGGACCGUAUCAGAAUGCAUGUUCUCGUUAAUCAAUGGAGACGACAUGUUCAUGACGUUUGCAGAGAUGAAUCAGAAGAGCUACGCUGCCUGGGUUUUCAGCAAGAUCUACCUGUAUACCUUCAUCUCACUGUUCAUUUACGUGGUCCUCAGUUUGUUCAUUGGUAUCAUCAGCGAUACGUACGAGAGGAUAAAGGUAGGAAUGGCUGCGUUACAUUUACUAGGUGCUGCGUUGUAUAUUUGAAGCAUGGAGAAGGGGGAUAUGAAGCGAAAACCGGCUCUUUAGUUGACAAUACCAGUGUAAUGCGUGUGAUAUCGAGAACUAAACGGUGCCUAUGAGCACUGACACAAACAUUGCUAGUAUUUGUGAGUAAAGAGUUGGAACACGACAUUAACUUAAGUAACUAACCCAAAAGGGCAACCUCGCUUUACCAACAGAUCGAUAUUGACCAAUCACAACUGAAGUAGGUGAAGUGAGUCUCGAAGACAAUGACUUCACGUCAAAACCGACCAAUCAGUGUCUUUUAAGUAUACUCGGAACUUCCGACUAGCAACGUGGCUUUUGGAAUGUCAGGCGCUCGAAACGACAACAGUUCAUACUUCCGAGACUCAAGUUAGCCUUUUUUAUUUUUUUUAAUUUUUAACGUCAUUUCUUUCAGGAUUGGGGUCACCCCCCUUGCACGAAGCUACAGCGAUUCGUCCACGGUAAUAAUUGCCAGCGGUGUAACGUGGAGUACAGAGACCAAGGAGAGGUGAAUGAAGAGUUAACAGGAGGAGCAUCAGAUUAGAAUAUCACGAUUUCAAACACAUUUAAAAAUAAAUAUAAACAAUUAAAUCUACGAAAUUAUGUACAUGAUAUUUUAAAAAAGCAUGGCUUUUACUCGAAUCUAAUUUGACGUAUCAAUUUCACAAUGAUCCAAAUCAAGGUAUAUUUUUUCUCUAAGGAAUCGUUGUUUAAAAAUCUCUUUUCCAGGUUAUCGAUUUCUGUUCACCCUGGUGUAAAGCAUGAAACAAUGUUAAUUUGUUUGUGCUCCAUUCGAAAAGUUUAAGUUAUCCGUGUCGGAUUCAAUACGAAAAUUUUAUGGUGGCAAAUAGUCCAAAAUACAUUCGAUUUCAGACGUAAAAUCAGCCUCACUGAUCCAACCAUAUUCAAAUUAAUCUAAUAAGUGGAACUGAAACAGAGGGGAAAAUAUUUUUUUACAUUUCGAAUCAAUUUGGUCUUCCUCCUGUCAAAAGUGGGCUGUAAGUUAUCUUAUUUGUUCGUCCGAGUUUUUUUGGUUUCUGUUUUUUUUUUUUGUUUGUUUGUUUUUUUUUGUGAUCGUCUGGGUAGAGUUUCUGCAAAUGGUGCUUACUUGAAUUUGCUCCUCUUCAGGGCUGGUCUCUCUUUGUUAAACACUUCUUUUGCUCAAUACUGGAAAGCCUCUUUUUGGGAGUGAUGAUGAAUUUUUUUAUUUUCAUGUAAUUCAUUUUUGUUUGCUUCUUUCUUUUUAUUGGGAGUGGGAGUGGGGGGAGGGGAUGCAAGGCAGGAUUGGUCUCUGUCAAGAUUGUAAAUAUUCAGAAGGAACAAAGAAUUGAAAGAAACUCGUCUUAAUGUCUGGUAAAUUUUUCUUGCAAAAAUAUUUUUAAUUGAAACCACACCCUUGAGACUUGUAGAUUAUCUUUUUGACGUUUGCAAGUCAUAACGGUGAAAAUAAAAUUUAAAGAAAAAUAAAAAGCCUCUUCUGU